CGGCCAGCCGCGGCGUCCGCACGCACUCUCGGUUGAAUCCCAGCACGCCGGGGCGCGGCAACGCCUGCCGAAGCAUCCCCGAGGAUCGGCCGUUGAACGUGUGCGCUUUCACCCCCGCGUCCUCCGAUGACAGGCCGGACAUCGGCGCGAAGAUGACGAGGGAGAAGCCGGAUCGGUAGCCGAACAUCUAUACAUUCCCCCGAGGAUUCUGCUAACGUUUGCCUCUGUAUAUUCGCGUCUCUCCGAGAGUGCGGAUUCUGUAUAGGAUAAGUGCUGCGGAGGAGGAUAUUAUCGACGACAUUAUUUAGAGAAACAAGAUAUUAGAUCGUAACGACGGUGCGCGCCUCGUCGUUGCGAUUUGAAAUUGCGCUAAAAGGAGCUUUUAGAGAUUCUAUUCUUUAGAGAUUGUGGGUGUUGUUGACUGAGAAGAAGUAUUUCUGAAUAUGCAUCACGUUCGAGCACUGCGCGCGUUAUAUAUCUGCGAAAUCAUAGUGGAUAUAUAAAAACAGCUGUUUGAGAGUUUCUUCUCUUCAAGCUCACAUGCGCAAGGACGCAAGAUUCGACCGAAUGAAUACAAUCGAUGGAUGCACCUUCUCUGGGGAUGUGUACGUCAUUAAGCAUAACACACAACCAAAUAGAUCUAGGAAGAAAAAAAUGAGCAAAACGCUCAGUGGGACGGAGAAGAGACAGAAGAGAUAGUGCCGAGGCUCCACCCAUUAUAGAUUAUCGCGUGGAUGCGCCGCAGUUGUUAUCACUGGAAAGAGUUACGGUGGCACAAGUAGUUAUCGGAUAAAAGUAGGGGGCUCCGUUCCAGAUGCUUAAUGAACUCGAACAGGCCUGAUUCAUAUUAUCUGUGACCAGUCAGUUUUUUUUAUUGUACAUAUCGGAAAGGAUACGAUGAUAUGACGAAAAAGAUAUGACGAUAUGCAGAUUCAACAUGUCUAGAAGAGAUGGUUCGCAGGCUGGCGAUCAGCAAACAGAUGGGACCUAAAACCGAACAAGCUCGUUCGAAAACAGCAUGUCGAGCAAGAGUAAAUUAAUUCGCACAAUAAACACGUGCCGACCAUCUCGGAAGAGCAGCUUCGCUGCCCGCGCAAAAGUUAUCGCUUAAAUGUACGUACCGAAUCGAGAAUUAGAAACAAGUCGUGGCGAUUAAACCGAAACGCCCCUUAAACGAGUGUAGCGAUAUAUUGUUAUAUAUGCCGACAGAAUGGCAGCGGCGUACCGCAGUCAACGUUCCAGAAGUCUUCCAGGUCCGCGCAACGGCCGCUAGAUUAAACGCGAAACGUCAACGAGGGGGCUAGGUCGCAUAGUGAAAUUAAUUGCGCCCAUAAUUUCAUAAUCUCUCGUAAUCUCUCGUAAUCGUCAUUACGAAAUUCAUGGACCACACGAACAUAUCGCGACUUCGUCGAAGAAACGUGAGUCUAAUGACCGUUAAGAGAAGAAGAGAAACAACGAAAAGAGAGACACCUUUUGCCACUCCUCAGCUCACUUAGAUAGACAAUCAUUGGGAGAAGAGCGUUCUGCUUGCGAUGCAGAAUAGACACGUUUGAGUUAUGGCGUGCGUGCUACACUACGGGCUAAUCUCCUUCUAAAAUACUGCGCUACGUUCGAUGUAAUUUGUUUAUGCGCUUUUUUCAUGCGGAAUUACAAUAUUCAUGAGCUUCGCAAUGAGUAAUCGUGUCUACGGAACGAUAUGAGAACGAUAUACAUAAGGAAAUAAGAAACUCUUGACCUUUGCAAAGAGUGAUGGAAAAUAGAAGGACCAAGACUGCUCAAUUUAAUUCUAUCUCCUAAGCUGCCGUUCUUCGUGAGAAAAUUUCGACACAAUAAUGGCAAACGGAUAAAUGUAGCGGUAUACUCAAUAAUAGAUUUCUUUUGUAUUGCACAUAAACGGAGCCCAAAUUUUAAUCCGCGAGUUCCAAUUUAGGCCAAUUAGCGAGACAGAUGUCUAAACCGAAAGUGAUAUCGGUGUCCUGUUAUCGCUACCGUAGAGACAAACGCGCUGGACAUAAUGUACGUACUGACCGUGCAAUUCUACGUUACACAUACGAAAGUGCUUGAUGCAUACAACCGCUCUGUUAUGCGUGAACACCACUCUCCCGAGGAGGCACUGUUUCGCGGCGGCAAAAGAGCUGUUGACGAUGAGUGUGAAUCUACCACGGCAUUAAUCAAAACUAAAAUACAAAAGGGUGGUCUGCGACUACGAAGAUGGCUAAUCGUGCUAUUAGUUUUCCUGUUAACGUCGCUUCUCAUUAUCAACAGCUACAAUACCGGUCAGUUUCGGAUCAUCCGAUUCGGAGCAAUGGCCAAACCGACUGCCCAAGAUAUGAUAACGCAGGAAUAUGCACCAACAACGCCAAACGUAUACAUGCCAAUAGGCAACGGUGGUUUUCUAGUUCGCAACAAGGGAUGUCGGUUACCAGCGAUGGAUCCUUUCGAUCCUGCGGUUCAACAUUUCAUAACAAAAGAUGUGUUCGAAUGCGAGUAUGGAAACUCUCCGCCAUUGAUUGAAUCGAACAAUACCGCAUUAUUCGUUAACCCACUUGCGUGGAACGAAUUCUACAACAGUCCGGGCGGCAUAAGUUGCUGCUGGCGACCAUUUUGGCGAACAAAAGACAAUGACAAUGCUGUUACGUAUGACACACAGUGCUAUCCUUUCCAAGAUUCCUGCGCUGUGAAUGCCGAAUUCGUAAAGGUCGAGUGUUACCAGAAUAACGAGAUGGUGUACAAGGAUUACUACGCUUUCCUACCGCGUAAGCCCUUGGUAGAGGAAAGAUGCAGGCAGGCGCUGCGAAUGGAUACGCUCGUCGACGAUCGCCUCAGUGUUCUCGUUAUCGGGCUCGACUCGGUUUCCAGGAUGAACUUUCACAGAAUGAUGCCGAAGACCGUAAGGUCGCUUCAGUCCCUCGGUGCCGUGGAGAUGUUGGGCUACACCAAGGUUGCCGAUAACACAUACCCGAACCUCGUCCCGGUGCUGAGCGGCCUGAAUCAGGACGAGUUCCGGGAUCUGUGCUGGCAGUUGUCUAACAAAACUUUCGACGAAUGCCCGCUCUUGUGGAAGGAUUUCAGUGCCGCUGGCUAUCGCACGGUGUUCGGCGAGGACGCCUACACCAUGACCACGUUCAAUUACCUGAAACCGGGAUUCCGCGAGCAACCGACAGAUUACUAUUUGAGGCCGUAUUGCGUCGCUGCCGAGACCGACAUCGGCAACACCCACAAGCUGAACGCCAAUCUCUGCAUCGGCACCAGGAAGACCUUCGACUGCAUGCUGGAUUACACUCGCAAGACGGCGAUCGAGUUCUCCUCGGAGCUCUACUUCGCCUUCAUCUGGCAAGCGAGUCUUACCCACGAUUACUUCACGUAUCCUCAGCUGGGCGACGACUCCUAUCACGAGUUCGUCGAGUACGCGUCGCGGGAAGGUCUGCUGGAUCGCACCGCCUUGAUCGUGAUGAGCGAUCACGGUAUGAGGUGGGGCGACUUCCGACAAACGUACCAGGGAAAGAUCGAGGACAGUCUACCCUUCGUCUUCAUCGUGCUGCCGAGAUGGUGGCGCGAGAAGUUCCCGCUGGCCUGGGGCAACUUGCGAAGGAACAGUCACAGCCUCGCGACACCCUUCGACCUACACGAGACGCUGACGGAUCUGCUGAACCCGCACCGUCUGCGCGAGUCGUUCCUCAAGAGGCGCAUCAAAGUCCAGGCCGCGUCUUCUAUUCCGCGUGGCAUCAGUUGGUUCCUGCCGGUGCCGGACAUUCGCACCUGCGACAUGGCGCACAUCGCGAAUCACUGGUGCAUGUGUCACACCAGCAACACGGUCUCGUGGAACGACACCGGCCUGCAGGACAGCGUGUCGUUUCUCGUCAGAGAGCUCAACGACAUGUUGCGCAGGUAUCCAAUGUGCGCGACCUUGAACUUGAAGAGGAUCAAGGACGCGAAGGUGUGGCUGGAUAAGACGGACGGCGCGAUGCUGACGGAUUACACGGUGGUUAUACAGACCACGCCGGGUGACGCGAUCUUCGAGGGUACGGUACGCUACAAAGCGGACGACAAUAGCCGCAAGUUGGCCGGGUCGGUCAGCAGGCUGAACGCCUACGGCACCCAGAGUGCCUGCGUUGACGAGUUCAACAUGCGACUGUAUUGUUACUGUCUUUAGGCACGACAUAUCCGAUUGGACCGAGUGAUCGACCUUUUGUAUCUAAUAAUUUCAAUCUCCAGCCCUUGGAGCAACUUCUCCAGACAACGUGCACGUUUAAAAGACGCCCUCGAGCCGCCGAGACGUCCUUUAGACACGCGUUUCUUUUUCACGGAGAUUCCCCGGACAUAGGAUUCGGUUCAAUUAGAUUUGGAUUCGGAAGAAUCGUCACGAUGCUGAACCGUUUCGACAACCCAGAUAGCACAGGAUAUCCAAAAGGAAUUAUCAAGGAUUCUUUGUGAAUUCCUGAAAUAAAUUAUUUCUUUAUCUCAUUUCUUCUACUUGUCAAAACAUUUUCAAGAGUUGAAAAGGAAUUCGCCCUUAUGUUAAAAAUUCUGAGCCCUUUUUCGAAUAUGAAGAUAAUUCUUUUCGUACUCCGUAAGAAUUAGCACCGGAAAGGAAUUCUUUCGGAGUUAUAAUUUCGCACACAUCACAAUAAUUCAUAAAUGAUUUUAAAAGGUGAAUUCUUUUCGAGUUCAUAAUGAUCUCUCCUGUACAAUUUGAAAAGUUACAUAUUCGAGAGCUACAUUUCGAGUAGAAUGUUGCUGCUUCCAUCUUAUUUCCGGAUGUUAACGCAACGUUUUUAUAUGUACAGUCAAAUAAAAUGGCUUGAUGAGUGACAUCGAGCAUCGCGCGAGUUUGUAUCCUCGAGAAUAUCGUGUUUAUGGAGCCUUUAUCGUAUAUGUGAACGCAAUUGCAUAACUUAAUAUUUAUUUAUGCAUAUAUUCUUCCAUAUAGCAUUAUCGAAUAAUUUAAUCAGUCAAUAAUUAAGGUAUUUACGAGCAUUAAGGAGCAGUCUAUCUUGCGGGCUCGAGAUUCUCAAGAUAUUUUAAAAGAAAAAGCUAUAUACAUCCAAACUUUUACAUACAAAUUUACCGAUAUUUCUUUGCUACGAAAAUAAUUGUUUUUGUUGUUAUACAACGUUAACGUAUUACAAAAAUAUAUCCUGUCUUCCUGGCGAAAACAAUAAGUUAUCGCAAUCAUUUAACAUAAAUUCAAAUAUUUCAAUUUUUGUUUCUUUAAUCUCAAUUGUCCAUGGAAUAAACCGGAAUUGUUGAGAAAAAUGACAUUUUUCAAAAUGGCGGCACUUCAAAGUUAAGGAAAAAGUUUUUAAUACGAGAAAGCUGCGACUUCAAUGUGUGAUCCCAAAAAUAGAUAUUUUAGAGUGAUUUUGCGCAAUGCUAAUUGUGCAAAUAAUAUUGCAAAUAGAAUAAUAUUGCGAUAGUUCGAGAUUUAUCUCACGCACAAAAAGAGAAAGCAAAUGUUUAUUCAAGCCCUUCUCGGAUGUUCAUUUCGGUAAAAUAACAAAUAAUUAAUUUCUCAAAUUAAAAAAUUAAAAAAUUUAAUACAUACAAUAUCUAUAAAUGCUCUUUUUAAGUACAUGUGGCCAUUUUCAAUAAAGUUUCAUCUAGUUUCUUUCAAAAACAGAAACUAGAUGAAAGAAUUUCAUAAGUGACCAAAAUUAUUCUUUACACUUUAUUACAUUUCAUUAUCAAAGAAAGCAAGUUAUAGCAAUGUGUGGUGAAAAAUUAUACUUUUAUCACUAGCAAUUAAAUCUAUGAUUUCAGUAAAUAAACCUCGCAGAGUGCUUCGUGAUAAUAAAACUUGUAAGUAAACUAUAAAAUUAUAUCCGCGCAUUGUAAUUUCACAAACUUUUCGAAUUUCGGCUUAAAACUGCAGGAGUACAUUUUGAGAACAUUAAACUUUAAAAUUGUAUUUAAAAAUCGACUUUUUUACUUUCCAAGGUAGACUAUCUCCUUGAUGUAAAACUGACUAAGCGCUCGCUUUGCAUCUCUCUCAUUGCGCGCGUUUCUUUCUCCUUCGUUCACUUACUUGUUUACUCGCGUGACAUGGCGUCUAGUAAAACAGCUUUGCACUCGAGAAGAAAAUAUAUUUCAUCCACUAUAAUUUGUAUCAAAAUGACUUAUACUUAUUAUACGGACUCUCUUGUCAGUUCUUAAUUAAGGCUAAACCAAUAAACUUUUAAUAUCUGUAUGAACUUGAUAUGUAAUAACAUAUUACGGCGAUCAAUUCAGUGACCAAUCCGCCGAUUCUCUAUACAAAUAAAAAAUAUUUUACUAUUUU